AUGAGACUCCGCCUCAGACACAAGGAAGGAAUCGCUACCCUUACCACCCUGACUGACCAGUCGACACUUUUAGACCUCCAUAAUGCCAUCGCCAGCGAGAUCAAAGCACCCGUCGCAAGACUAGAGCUGAAGUUUGGAUAUCCUCCAAAGCUACUCACUAUCAACGACUCUACAGCUGGAUCAACACUCGCUAGUUUGGGAGUCAAGGACGGCGAGCAGAUCUUAACUUCAGAAAAGUCCGAGGGCUCUCCUGCAACCUACGCAGUUGGUUCAACUUCAACUUCAACUUCAACUUCAACUACUACUACUACUACAGCGACACCGACUCCCGCUCCUGUUCCUACUACAACUACAACUACUGCGGUGGUAACUCCAGCAACAUCCGUGUUUGGCGCCAACAGUAGUGGCAAUAGUCUUGGAGCAUUCGGAUCGCGAUCUGUUCUGCAGGCUUCACAGUCUCAACCGACGACUGCAUCAGGUUCUAGCCUGUCGGCAUUCCAGGCGGCGGCUGUUCGACCUACGACGAACGCGUUUGGUGGUUUGUCAAGUGUUGACACUUCCUACACACCCAAGACAGUAACUGCGCCAGCCCCAGCAACUGCUGCACCUACUGCUGCACCCACUGCUGCUUCUGUAACCAAGGGUGGCAUUGAGAGCGUUCGGAUUCGUGAUCAAGGCCUGCUCGUUCUCAGAGAAGUUGAGGACGACAACAGCUGUCUGUUCAAUGCGGUUGCGUACACGCUGGAUCCAUCGAUGAAGAGUAAUAUCCAAGGACUCCGCCAGAUCGUGGCCAAAGCCAUCGAUGCCAACCCCGAUGAAUACUCUGACGUCGUCCUUGGACGUCCUAGGAGGGAGUACUGCGAGUGGAUCAAGAAGGAGAACAGUUGGGGUGGCGCGAUUGAAUUAGCGAUCUUCUCGGAUUACUACAAGAUUGAAAUCGAUAGUAUUGAUGUCUCCACAAACAGAGUCGAUCGUUUUGGCGAGGGACAAUAUAGCCAACGUGCUCUGGUGAUGUACAGUGGUAUCCAUUACGAUGCGGUGGCAUUGACGCCUAGCCUCGACAUCCCCGCAGAUUGCGACCAGACUCAAUUCGAGACCUCCUCUGAGGAUAUCCUCACUGCAGGCAUCCAGCUCGCCGCUAAACUGAAACAGGCGCACAAGUACACAGAUUUGGCUACGUUCACGCUCCGCUGCUCGGUUUGUCAGAUCGGACUCAAGGGCGAGAAGGAUGCUCAGCAGCAUGCCCAAUCUACCAUGCAUACCUCCUUGUAA